AUGUAUCAAAAUACAGAUUUAGUUAAAUCAACUAUUGAUUGGAGGGUUGAAAAAGGUACAGAAGAAAAAUCAACAUCACCAUUAUUAUUUGGACAACCAAGCGGUCAAACAGAGAGUUUAGAUAUUGCAGUUGAAAAUCCAGAAGAGUGUGUAUUAUGGUAUUAUAAUUAUUUUUUAGGUAAAAGCCAUCAGAAUUAUUUAGGUGUUUUAGAUAACGGAGAUGUGUUUGGCGCAUCAAUUAUCAAAGAAGAUUAUAAUGUAGAGGGCGAAUACUCUUAUAAAACAAUUAUAUGGACAAUAGAGGGUAUCGAAAGACAAUGGUUUCAAGUUAAACAAAAGCAAUCAUUAACACCAACCGAAAUUAUAAAGAAGGCCUUACCAAGAUUGUCAAUUAAAAAAAUAAAAGAAAUUGAUUCUGUAGAUUUAUUAAAAGAUUUUAAAGAUUUAGAAGCGACCCAAACUGAAAUUUUCUAUAAAUUUGGAAUAUUAUUAGCACGUCCAGGUCAAUCAACCGAAGAUGAAUUUUAUAAUAAUAAUGAAUAUUCACCUCGAUGGACAGAGUUUUUAAAUUUAUUAGGUGAUACAGUAGUUUUAAAUUCAUUCAAGGGUUAUAGGGGUGGAUUGGAUGUAAAUAGCAAUACUACAGGAACACAUUCAUUAUAUACAAGUUUAAAUGGUUAUGAAGUUAUGUUUCAUGUUUCAACAAUGUUACCCCAUUCAAAAGCAGAUUCACAACAAAUUGAAAGAAAAAGACAUCUUGGAAAUGAUAUUGUAAUUAUUAUAUUUUAUGACUGUGAUCCAUCUGACCCAAUUAUACCAUGGGACCCAUCAAAAAUUAACUCAAAUUUUAAUCAUAUAUUUGCAAUUGUUAGACCAGUUGAUGAUAAUCAUUAUCAUGUAGAAAUUGUAAUUAAAAAUGGUAUUGCAAAGUUUGGACCAAAACUCCCAACUCAUUCAAUUUUUCCAAAGUGUCAAAAUUUUAAAGAGUUUUUAAUCACAAAAUUGGUAAAUGGUCAAAGAGCAGCUUUAAAUUCAGCACCAUCAUUUGCAAGCAAAUUAAAAAGAACAUUUAAGGAUCAAUUAGAAAGUAUUUGUAAAAAAUAUUCAUUAAGUUCAUCAUCAACUAUAUCAUCAUUUGUACCUAAAAGAAGAUCAUCAUCAGUAUCAAAUGUUAAUAAGGGUAAGGAGUUGAAAGCAAAGGACCCAAAGUAUGGAUCAGGUUUUUUCAAAUUAAAGGAAUCAUCCAAGAGUCAAAUUUUCGAUACUGAAAUUUUAUUUUCAAAAUCAUUAAAUGAAAGAAUUAAUUGUUUAGAUGUUUUAGAGUCUGAUGAAAACAAUUGUACAUUAAUCGUUGCAACUGACGAAUCAAUUUAUUUAUUAAAAACAAAUAUAUCGACAGGUGAACAGUUAUUCCAAAAAGUUAUAAAUAUAAAAGAUGUUACUCGUGUUACUAUUAUCAAACCAUUGAAUGUACUUUUAGUUUUAACAUCAAAGGGUUUAGUUUUUUAUGAAAUGGAACAAAUUUUUCAACAUUUUAAAAAUUCAUCAUCAAACAGCAGCGUACCAACAACUCAUAGUAUUCCAAUACCAACUAAUCAUUUAAAUCAUCAACAACAACAACAACAACAAAAUAGUAGUUAUGGUAAUUCACCAGGCUAUUAUAACAACUCACCCAAUGCCUAUGGAUCGCUAAGAUGGUCAAAAUCAGGCAUUAUCGCGGCAAAUAUUAUAAAUAAUAAUCAAAAUUCACAAAAUUUCAAUAAUGGUAUUACAGAAGAACAAAUCAAUUCAAUAAAAAUGAAAAAAAUUUUGGGUACUAAAGGUUGCACUGUUUAUGGCUAUACUAAAGGUGACAGCAAUAGCUCAGAAGAGGACAUUACAUUGUUGUAUGUAGGCCUAAAGAAAACAUUAAUACUCUACGAAUGGAAUAGGGGUGACUUUGUAAAAACUAAAGAAUUGGUAGUCUCUGAUAACAUUAAAACUUUAUGUGCUAUUGCUCCCGGUAUGAUUUGUGUUGGUAUUGCAAAGGAAUUUCUUUUAAUCGAUAUUUUCACCCAGACCAUAAAAGAACUCUACAAGAAAGCAGAUUCUGAACCCGUUAAAGCUUUAUCUUUAGAUAGCGAAAUUCUUUUGUGCUUUAAUAAUAUUGGUAUUUUCGUUGAUGAGUCUGGUGUAAAAACCAGAUCAUUCGAAUUGAAAUGGGGUUCAACUCCAUCAUCUUUAGCUUUAGUCCCAGCAUAUGUCCUAGGUAUCUCUGGUCCAUUAAUUGAAGUUAGAACCUUAUUAAAUGGUAAUAUCAUUCAAUCAUUACCAGCAAAUAUUUCAUUAGAUGACAAUAAUUGUAUUAUAGAAGAUAAUAAUAAUAUUAAUAAUAAUAAUAUUAAUAAUAAUAGUAAUAAUAAUAGCAGUAAUAGUAUAAAUAGUGGUAAUAAUUUAGAAUUAGAAAAUAGUUUUAAUAAUAUCACAAUUACAAACAAUAGUAAUCAUAAUUUAAAUAAUAAUAAUUGUAUUAAUAAUAAUAAUAAUAAUAAUAAUAGUAGUAAUAAUAUAAAUAUUCAUAAUAGUAGUGGUAGUAUUACUAGUGUUACCAGUAUUGAUAGUAAUGAUCACCAAAAUGAAGGUAAUAAUAAUAAUAGCGGCAUUGAAAAUGUUUAUUCAUUUUCAACAUUUAAUGAUAUUGCCCACGUUGACAAUGGAAAUAUUUAUGUUGCAUCAUCAAGUAAAGGGUUAUCUUGUAUUCUUCGUAUUCAUAAUAUCCAAAACUCUUUAGCCCCAAUAACUCCUUUUUCGCCCCCAAAUUCUCCAUUAAAACCAAAUUUUUUGAAAAACUAA